UGCAGAGCCACCUUUGGAGGGAGUUUUGCCCUCAACACGUGGGGUGUUCCCUACCCCAGAGGGAAGAGAAGGGAGAGUUGGGGGGUCUAUCCCUAAGGGAAAGGAGUGUGGGGAUGUAUCUCUCAUGGAAGACAAUGUGAGGGUCAUGAAGUUUUUGCAACUUUUUGGGCGAUUGCAGUCUGUUGUCAUUGGAAUGGUCCAUGUGAAAGCACUGCCAGGAACACCCAGGAAUACAUUGCCGGUGGCUCAGAUCACCGAAGAGGCCUGUCGGGAAGCUGAAAUUUACAAGGCUGCAGGAGUUGAUGGCUUGACGGUUGAAAAUAUGCAUGACCGUCCAUACACUGUCUGCAUUGGUGCAGAAAUUACCGCAGCCAUGGCAGUAGUUUGUGCCACCGUGAAACAGACACAUCCUUCUCUCCCGCUGGGCAUUCAGAUUCUGUGCGCUGCAAAUCGGCACGCUGUAGCCAUUGCUCUUGCUGCAGGUCUUGACUUUAUCCGAGCUGAAGGCUUUGUUUUUUCUCACGUGGCGGAUGAAGGGAUUCUAAAUGCGUGUGCCGGAGAUUUAUUAAGAUACCGGAAGCAAAUAGGAGCAGAACACAUUCAAAUUUUUGCUGAUAUUAAGAAGAAACACAGUGCGCAUGCUCUGACAGCUGAUGUCAGCGUAGCAGAGACUGCGAAGGCUGCUGAAUUCUUUCUGGCUGAUGGAGUUGUAUUGACAGGAACCGCAACAGGAUUGGAGGCAGAUCCCAAAGAACUGGAAGAAGUCCGACAUGCUGUGAAGAUUCCAGUAUUGAUUGGAUCUGGAGUGACUCUGGAGAACGUGAAAGACUACUUGGAUGCUAAUGCCUUGAUCAUUGGUUCACAUUUUAAGAAAGAAGGCUACUGGGCAAAUGAUGUUGACUCAGAUCGCGUGAAGAGGUUUAUGGAUCAUAUCGGUAAACUCAGAGAGAGAAAUUGUUAGUCUCUUCUGCCAUUAAUAUUCUAAU